GCAAAAGCCCCGCGAAUAAUGGGGACCACAAGGAUGCCUGUUAUUAAAAAACAAGUAACCACGAUUUAUUUCGCACUGUAGGAUAUUUACACUUUAUUUAGAGUGUCUGUUAUUGGUCUGAAAUGAAAAUCCUUCUUUAGAAACCGAGCUGUUUAGUCUGGUGUCCUUGAUAAACCCUGACUGCUGUAAAGUACUCCGCGUCGUUACAGCUGGUCGGCAGCACGGACUACAGCCACUGAAACAGUUCAAAUACAACACCAACUGCGCUUGCAAUAGUUAAAUUUAUUUAAAGAAGAAAUUACAACACUGAAGGCAUGAGUAGGCGAGAAGGUGAAGGAUGUCCCCGGAGAAAUGCUGAUGGAGUGCAGAAUUGCGAUGCCAGCGCGAACCCAUCGUCACCUGUCAUUGCUGCUUUCAGAGUUUUCCAACAGGAGCUUGACACCAAACACGACAAACAUGAGCGUCUUUUCAAGAUCAGCCGAGACGUCACCAUUGAAAGCAAGAGGACCAUUUUUCUUUUACACAGGGUGACGAGUGUCCCAAAUGCAGAGGAUAUUCUGAAUGAAGCAGACAUAAAACUGGAUGCAGUCAGGCAGAAAAUUGGCCAAAUUGCUGAAGAGCUCAGAGGAGACGAUAUAUUUCAGUUUCACAGAGCUUUCACGUCAGGGAUCCAGGAGUAUGUGGAGGCCGUCUCUUUCCUGCACUACAUCCGUCAUCGCAGCCUCAUCAGCCUGGAGGAGAUCAAUGCCAGGCUGGUGUUCAUGAGAACAGAGAAAGCAGAUCCUAAGGGCUCAGCUGAGGCCCAGCAGCCGGCAGGUCAGGUUCUGACCUUCCAGGUGACGCCCUCUGACUAUCUGCUCGGCGUGGCCGACCUGACCGGAGAGCUGAUGCGGCUGUGCAUCAGCAGCGUGGGCAACGGUGACAUCGACACGCCCUUCCAGCUGAGCCAGUUCCUACGGCAGAUCCACGACGGCUUCUCCUACAUCGGAAACACGGGCCCCUACGAGGUGUCCAAAAAGCUGCACACACUGCGACAGAGCCUGGGCAAAGUGGAGGACGCCUGCUAUGCCCUGCGUGUUCGCGGCUCAGAAAUACCCAAACACAUGUUGGCCGACGUGUUCUCCAGUAGAACCACACUCAUCGACCCAGAAGAAGGAGUGGUUUAAGUCCUGCACUGCGCCAACAACAUUGUUCUCCUGGUGUCACUGUCUGCUUCAGUUUAGUUUGACGUCCGAUGUGUUUUUACUGGGAUUUGACAGAUGUUUGACAUGGUUCUUGACAUGCCUGUUCAUUUUGUUUUCAUUAUUACGAUAAAAACAUUGUUACAACAGACAAUGGAUUUUUUCCCCCCUUUGAUAAAGAUCUGAUGACUUCAGUUGUUUUGCAUGAAUAAAAGUUCUGUGCCAAAUA